AUUCAUUAGAAUACUUGGGUUUAGUUAUGAAAAAGCUGGGUUCAAAAGGGCACACUCAGUCGCUCACACACCUCCCUUCACUGUUUCACAUACUGUUUUCUCUGCCUUAUCUGCUCCUCCUCCUCCAUCCAUGACUACUCUAAGCACUCUCUUCCGCCUCCACACUCCGCCGUCAAACCCACCACUCUCCCACACCUCUCCGCACCCCCUCCGCCUCUCCUGCUCCUUCAAACCCACAAAACCCCCCAAACCACCUUCUCUAUCAGCCUCAACACCGCCGCCGCCGCCCGCCAGAGACAGAGUCAUAGACUUCGGAAAACACAAGGGCAAGAUGCUGGGCACCCUCCCUUCUGCCUACCUCAAGUGGGUCUCCAAAAAUCUCCGCGCUCGCGACUUCGAGGACUGGGCCAAGCUCGCCGACCAGGUCCUCGACGACGCCAUUUACCGGGACCGGAUCGAGUGGGAGCUGGCGGAGAACGUCCUGAACGGAAAUCGGAGGAAUUCUAUCGCCGCGGGUGGAGUUUCGGAGCUGUUGGAGAUCAGCGAGAGGUUCGGUUGGGAUAAUGAGGACAAAAUUGGGUGGAGCAGGGUGAACUUUGAGCUUUUGGGGACGUCGAAAGGGGGGAGAAUUCCGAGGAGGAGUGAGAAGGAGGGAGGAGAGAGAAGGGAGGAGAGGGGGAGGGGGAGGGAAGAGGAGAAGGAGGUAGUUGAGGAUUUGGGGGAGGUCGGAGAGAGGCGGAGGGAGAGGAGAGUGAGGGUGAGGCAGAGAAUGAGGAGGGAGGAGAAGUUGGGGAUUUUUGAAAAGAGUGGGGGCAGUGUUGGAAAUGGAGUUGGGUUAGGGAGGGAGAAAGAGAGUGGCGGUGAGGAUUGUAUGGUGGAGAAUUCGAAACGGUUUCCUGGACGUGAAGGUCUGUUGAAAAUGGCAUACAGUAGAAGAAUGGGGAGAUUUUAGUAAGGAACUUACCACUCUAAAAAAUUGAUUCUAUACUUUUUUUUUUUUUUUUUAGUAGUGUAUUUUUCUUUCUAAUUAUAUAAAAUUAGAAUGUAAAAUAAGAUUUUUAAAGUGCCAAUAACAAUUUCGUAAUCUUAUUUUUCUUCGUUUUCCUAAGUUGAGUAAAAAUGUAUUUAGGAUUUUGAGAAUUUUGAGAAAUUUGACUGGAUUUAUAUAUUCAUACAUUUUGAUGAAAUUUAAUUGAAUUCUAGAAAUUGAGUGUAAAA